AUGACAACAACAUCAUACUUCUACGACUACGUGCUUAGCCCAUUCUAUGACUGGCUGUCACCAUUGGUCUGGCCUGAUUGGGUCCAUCCCAACGCCAUAACCCUUAUUGGUGGCAUUUUUGCUGUUGCUGCUUCCUACUUUAUCCAAAGUGGACAGUUGGGCUGGGCUUGCCUGUUUUUUACAAUGUACCAUAUGUGUGAUAACAUGGAUGGCAAACAUGCCCGUCGCACUGGGAAAACAAGCAAAUUUGGAGGAAUUCUGGAUCAUUGGGUCGAUGGAGCCAUGGGCAAUAUUGCAGGGUUCAGCACCAUCGCUUCCUUUUGUUUUGGCAUUACACCAGAUGAUAAAGCUUACUGGCAGGCCAUCCAUUGCUACGAAUGUCUCUGGUUGGCUCCUCAUGUGGUUGGACACUUCAGCGGAACCUUGGCUCUGGGCACUAAGUUUUUCUCCAUUGAUGAAGCCUUUGUCACGACUUCGCUUUUACUAUUUUAUGCUUGGGUCAGUGAAGGUGACAUUGUGUUGCUGAAGGACAAGUGGUAUUUGGAGAAGUCUUUAUUGGUUACUCAGGUGUUGUCCAUUUUCUAUGGGACCAUACUGUCUGCUCACCACUGGCUGAAGUCAAGGCAGACAACAGAAAAGCAAGAAUCAGCAAAGACUGUAACAGUCUGGAAUCAUUUUUCAUUGAUGCUGUUCAUGCAAUUCUGGUUGCAUGGGAUCCUUUAUCCUUCCUCUGACUUUUUCCAUUUCUACUUGAGCUGGGUGCCAGUGAUGAGCACUGUUCUUUUUACGGAGGACGACUAA